UUGGCGGCUAAACCCCCCAAACUUUUGGGUUUGUGACAGUUAACCACCAAAACUCAAAUUUUGGCGGCUAAACUACCUGAACUCCACUUCCGUUUUGGUCCGCACUAUUCCGUCACUUUGGCUCCGUUUAAUGGUAAAAAUGGCUUACGUGGCACAAUCCUUGUCAGCAACUCAUGCCACAUUGGCAUUAAGUCAUACCCAGAAUAAAUUUAAAACAAUAUGACAUAAGAAAUUUAAAACUUAAUUAAAAAAUUAAAUUAAAAGAAUAAAUUUAAUUAAAACAGAACUAUACCCAGAAAAAAAAAACAAAAUUAAAAACCCAGAACAAAAUUUAAAUAAAAGAAAACUAAAAAAUAAAAGGGAAAUAAAAUCAAAACAAAAUUAAAAGUGGACAGAACCACACUUACACUUAACCCCUUGUCCAUUCGAACCCCUAACACAAAAAACCUCACCAUCUCUUCCACCAUUGUCGUCUGCAACAGUGGAAACCCACACCCAGCCCCGAAGUAAGAAAACCCAGCCCCGAAGUAAGAAAACCCACCCCAUUCAGGCGACGGUGUAAGGAGGCGAAACAGCAACAAUGACAUACCGUAGGCGCGGUUCGCACGAUCCCCCACCUGUGAAUGAAGAGGGUGAAUUCACAGUGAAGCUUAUACAUGGGGGUUUAUGGUUUUCCCCAUUUGGAAAUAGAAGAUAUGAGGGAGGGUGUUGGGAGUAUUUUGAUCACUGUAAAAUUGAAGGUUUUACUAGACAUGAUUUGGAGGACAUGGCAAGAAGCCUUGAAUAUAGGUUUCCUUUUGGUUUCCUGUACAAGCCCCAUGGGAAGCAUUUAAACAUGGGUUUCAUGGUUGUAAACAAUGCUUCAAUUCAGCUCAUGUUGGAGGAUUUGACAGGUACAAUUUUAAACUUUUUUGUUUGUACAUAUGUUAGUUGUUUGAUGUCAUAGGUUUUAUUGUUGUCAAAGUUGAUGAGUUAUGGUUGUUGUUGUUCUUUUUGGCAGCUAGAAAUAAUGCAGAGGCUAAUGUGUAUCUGGUGCUACCAGAUCCACAGUUAGCAGUGGAAUGGGAGGAGGAUGCUGAAGCUAUUAAGAUGCAGGAACCACAACAGUCUU